AGCAAGAUAUCUAGCUAUCGCUGCAUAUGGCUAGACGUCUCAGGCGGCAAUUUAGCUGGCUAGCCAAGACUGAGAGACACUGUAAGUCAAGCCAAGCUAACGUUUGUCGGUUAGUUAACUGUCUAUCAGCUGAUGGCUCGUCAGAUUUAGAGACAACCAACUCGGUUAGAAGAUAGUACAAUCAACCACAGAAUUUUGGUCGAUUAAUAUGACAGUUGGUAUCAGUUGUUAUAGUAACGAGUCUGGAGAGCUAGCUAGCAACAAAGGAAAUGUGGGAUGUAACUGUUUAAAUACGACGUACAUUACAAUUGCGAGGUUAAUUAUGGCAAUCUAUUCCAUGCAGUGAUAAUAUAAUAAUUUGCAAUACUUUUAAAAUGUGUAAAUCAUCUUUGUCAGUCGCAGGAUCACCAUCCUUCUCCACUUCCGCCAUCUUUUCCAGUGGUUGUUAGAAGAAUUCAAGAAGAGUACAUUGACAACACGACACCGGCUGGCCUGGGGGGGUAUGCUGUAACUUAGCUGGAUAAUAUUAAACUAUUAUUUGCUAAACCAUUCUAAUUUACUUAAAGUAAUAAACUCAAGUUUGUUGUAUUUUCUUCUUUACCGCAUAUUGCUAGCUAAUGAACUAACAACAAAUGUCGUAUUGUUGUUGGAACAGACUAGUAUCCCUUUUAUACCGGAAACGUGUCCGUUUUCAAAAAACAUCCGUCUUGUGCUCAUUUUAACAUAUCGAUUGCUUUAAAGUUGUCACGACCUAACAUUAUGUAAAACAUUUAUUUGAACGAGUUCUGAGAGGUGAAAAAUUCUACUUGCAAUAGAGUUAGCUGUUAGAUUUUGGAUGUGUCUGUCUUGGUGGUUUCCUCCAACAACAAGGGGGAACCAGUCAUUCGUUGUUGUUGCUAGUCCGACACAGUGCGAGCGGUGUCCACAUUAUCCCGCUAAACUAAGUGAUCUUGCAUGCCCCGUUUUCGAUUCACUUUCGCGGUAGCUCCUACUCUAAAUGUCGGAUACAUGGAGCAACAUCCAGGCACACAAGAAGCAGCUGGACUCGCUGCGAGAGAGACUGCAGAGGCGACGGAAAGACCCCACGCAACUCGCUGCAGAGGUUGGAGGCAGCAGUACUGAAGGGGCUGCAGCGCGGAGUGAGAGUCCAGGACCAGCCCUCCAGAGUCCCCCACAGGAGGAGGCUGAACGUCCCCCGGACCCUGAACUAGAGAAGAGACUCCUGGGUUAUCUGUCGGACCUGAGCCUCUCACUGCCCACUGACUCCUUGACCAUUACUGAUGAGCUCAGUACUUCUGAAGUGCCUGUCACCCAUGGCUGCAUCCAGAGUCUGCUGCUCAAGUUCUCUGCCCAGGAGCUCAUCGAAGUCCGGCAGCCAUCCGUGGCCACCUCCCCAUCCUCUUCUUCCUCAACACUCGUCAUCUCCGUGGACCACACAAAACUCUGGGCCAUGAUUGGGGGCGGGACCUUAGGCCAGAGGAAGAGGAAAGCAGAGGACCAAGCCCACCAUAAACGUCCGCCAGGUUCCUCCCCUGCUCUCCAGAGCCCGCCCUCCCCUCCGCCCACUUCCUCCAUCUCCCUGGCACCUGCUUCCUCCUCCCAGCUGACUGGGCCCUCUGAUUGGAAGGCUGGAGGAGGAAGGGGCGGGGCAGAUAAACAGGGCAGGACCAGUAAGGGGCAGACGUCUCACCUGGACAUGGAGAUAGAGAGCCUCCUAAACCAGCAGUCCACCAAGGAGCAGCAGAGCAAGAAGAUGAGCAGAGAAAUCCUGGAGCUUCUGAACACCAGCACAGCUAAAGAGCAGUCCAUCGUUGAGAAGUUCCGCUCACGCGGUCGUGCUCAGGUCCAGGAGUUCUGUGACCAUGGGACCAAAGAGGAGUGUACGCGGUCUGGGUUCACACCCCAGCCCUGCACCAAGCUGCACUUCCGACGCAUCAUCAACAAGCACACAGACGAGAGUCUUGGAGACUGCUCCUUCCUCAACACCUGUUUCCACAUGGACACCUGUAAAUACGUGCACUAUGAGAUCGACGCCCCUCCAGAGGCAGAGGGGGGCCUGAUGGGGACCCAGGCUGGGGGCAUGGAGGUGGGACUACACCAGGGGGAGGAAGACAGCAACGUGGGGAAACUGUUCCCCUCUCAGUGGAUCUGUUGUGACAUCCGGGUCCUGGACGUGUCGAUUCUGGGGAAGUUCUCUGUUGUGAUGGCCGACCCUCCCUGGGACAUCCACAUGGAGCUGCCCUACGGGACUCUGACGGACGACGAGAUGAGGAAGCUCCACAUCCCCGUCCUCCAGGACGACGGCUUCCUCUUCCUCUGGGUGACUGGCAGGGCUAUGGAGUUGGGUAGAGAAUGUCUGAGUCUUUGGGGCUAUGAGCGUGUUGAUGAGAUCAUUUGGGUGAAGACCAACCAGUUACAGAGAAUCAUCCGUACCGGGAGGACUGGUCACUGGCUCAAUCAUGGGAAGGAGCACUGCUUGGUGGGCGUGAAGGGACAGCCCCAGGGAUUCAACAGAGGGCUGGACUGUGAUGUCAUCGUGGCAGAGGUGCGUUCCACCAGCCACAAGCCAGAUGAGAUUUAUGGAAUGAUUGAGAGACUCUCACCUGGUACCAGGAAGAUUGAGCUCUUUGGCAGACCUCACAAUGUCCAACCCAACUGGGUAACUCUUGGUAAUCAGUUAGAUGGCAUUCACCUCUUGGACCCUGAUGUCGUGGCUCGCUUCAAGAAACGUUACCCAGACGGAGUCAUCUCCAAACCCAAGAACAUGUAGAGAGUGGUCCUAAACGCCUUCCAUGGGGUCAUCGUUGUCUAUUACUUGUCCUGUUAUAAACAUUUUAUGUCACGUUAUGAACUUAGACGCCGAGGGAAAAACACUGAUCAAUGAUCAGUAAGUGUCUGAUGGACUGCCUUCUGUUUUUUAUGUAUUUUUUUGUACCAAUUACAACAUUUUGUAAUAAAUAUGGUUGAAGGACUAUUUAUGGAUCUCUAUGAUGCGGAUCAGACAUACUGCACAAUGAAUCCACCAAAAAACAUUUCAGUAUAUACUUUUUUUUGUAUUACUUUGUUAGUACAUUUUGUCCAUUUCCAUGACAACAGCACUACAGUAUACAAAGUGAGGACUGGCUAGUUUGGGAAUCUUGAUUGAUUUACAUUUACUUUGAUUAAAAGAAAAACAUUGACAUUGGAAAUGUAUCAAUAUUUUCUUCACAGUAAUUAGGAAGCACAUUUUUCUCUUCAUUCCAAACGUACCACCGUAGCCCCAGAUGUAUGCUACUACAUUCUCGUACAAUCAUUUUCACAAUUUAUACAAAAAUAUAUGAUGAGUAUUUAUUAUCCUUAAACUAGUAGGUGAAGCAGGAAAAAUAUUUCAAUGUUAGAGAGGGUGGGUUGUAGAACCCAACUAAAGCACCAAAACACUUGAAAUGUCUUCCAGAACAAUCUGUUGACUUUCUCUUCCAUUCACUGAUGCUCCACAUAAGAUGCCAUCAGAAGUAAAGAGCUGCACGUAAGCUGGAGGAGCUGCCGGUUAACAUUUCUAGAUAUGAAUAAAGUGUAGAUGCAAUCCAAGCAGCCAGUUGGAAAGGGCACUAGAAGAAUACAGCCAGUUGGAAAGGGCACUAGAAGAAGACAGCCAGUUGGAAAGGGCACUAGAAGAAGACAGCCAGUUGGAAAGGGCACUAGAAGAAGACAGCCAGUUGGAAAGGGCACUAGAAGAAGACAGCCAGUUGGAAAGGGCACUAGAAGGAGACAGCCAGUUGGAAAGGGCACUAGAAGAAGACAGCCAGUUGGAAAGGGCACUAGAAGAAGACAGCCAGUUGGAAAGGGCACUAGAAGAAGACAGCCAGUUGGAAAGGGCACUAGAAGGAGACAGCCAGUUGGAAAGGGCACUAGAAGAAGACAGCCAGUUGGAAAGGGCACUAGAAGAAGACAGCCAGUUGGAAAGGGCACUAGAAGAAGACAGCCAGUUGGAAAGGGCACUAGAAGAACACAGCCAGCACCAAACUGAAUUUAAUUGAGGAAAUGUUCAAAAGGUAAGUAAAAAGGCACAAACUCAUUAGUAUCUUCAUCAGCCAAACCAAUCAAAAUCUAGUUACCAUGUUUUUCUCAGCAAGUUAGGAUAGUGUUAGGAUAAAAACAAAAAAGCCUGUGUUUAAAGUUGGGAGUGCCAAACUGUCUUGUUGUAUUCAACAGCUAGUAUUUUAAAGACUUGAAUUUGCAGUUGUGGUCUUUUACCUGCCCCCCCCCCCCAAAAGAAAAGGAAAAUUAUGCACUUGGUUGGUAAUGAUGUAGUAAACAUUUUUCCAUCUCUACUAGCCACACCAGCAGUGCAUUCUGCAUUUCUCUAGUGAAGAACUCAAUCUACUGUGAUAUAUCCAUCCUUUACAGUCACUUCUGAAGGGGGAGUUGAGAACAAACGUUGAGUAUGUAGGUACCACUGAGUAGAUCAAGUCUCAGUCCUUUACAUUCUAUGUUCUGUUGAGCUAUAAUAAUGAAUAUCAUAGUGGAGGGGCGAGAGUUCAUUUUUGGGCAAUGGUGAUGAUGACAGGAGGGAUGCUUCAGUAGAAACUAAAGUGUCAUUCCCAGCACUGUAAGCCAGGG